AUGUCCGAGAAACUCCCCCUCUCCAACCCAACGCCACCUCCGGCCCCGCGCCGCCGGCCGACGGCGUGGUGGGCUUUCAUCCCCGCCGCCCUCAUGCUCACCUACCUCCAUUCCCCGUCCGUCAUCCCGUCGUUCUCCCACCACGGCCACGGCUCCGCGCCCGCAACGGCGGCGUCUUCCUGCCGCCAGGUCGACCCCCUCUUCCCAACCCUCACCACCUCCUCGCUCGCCGACCUCGACAAGUACCUCGACACCCCCAAGUUCCGCAACGAGACCAUCGCCCGCCUCUCCGGCGCCGUCCAGGUCCCCACCGAGUCCUUCGACAACUACGGCGCCGUCGGCGUCGACGACCGCUGGGACAAGCUCUUCGCCUUCUCCGGCUACCUCGCCAAGACCUUCCCCAAGGUCCACCAGCACCUCAAGCUCGAACGCGUCAACACCCACGGCCUGCUCUACACCUGGCAGGGCUCCGACGACACCCUCAAGCCGACCGUCCUCAUGGCCCACCAGGACACCGUCCCCGUCGCGCCCACCACCAUCGACUCCUGGACCCACCCGCCCUUCAGCGGCGCCUACGACGGCAAGUUCGUCUGGGGCCGCGGCGCCAUGGACUGCAAGAACUCCCUCGUCGGCAUCCUCGAGUCCGUCGAGCUUCUCCUCGAGGCCGGCUUCGCCCCCAAGCGCACCGUCGUCCUCUCCUUCGGCUUCGACGAGGAGGUCUCGGGCGAGCGCGGCGCCGGCCACCUCGCCCCCGUCCUGGUCGACCGCUACGGCAGGGACGGCGCCGCCGUCAUCAUCGACGAGGGCGCCGGCUUCGACGUCCAGUGGGGCCAGACCUUCGCCCUCCCGGGAACCGCCGAGAAGGGCUACAUCGACGUCGAGAUCGUCGUCCGCACCCCCGGCGGCCACUCCUCCAUCCCCCCGCCCCACACCGGCAUCGGCAUCCUCUCAGAGAUCGUCACCAGGGUCGAGGCCAGCCCCUACGAGCCAGAGCUCAUCCCGGGCAACCCCUACCUCGGCAAGCUCCAGUGCGGCGCCGCCUACGCCCCCGACUUCCCCCCCAACCUCCGCAAGCUGCUGCCCCAGCAAGACGAGACGCGGACGUGCAAGCGCAGGACGGACAAGCUCGCGCGCGAGGCCGCCAAGGCCGGCCCGCAGGUCAAGUACCUCUUCACGACCUCCGUCGCGACGGACAUCAUCGAGGGCGGGGUCAAGAUCAACGCGCUCCCGGAACGCGUGCGCGCCGUGGUGAACCACCGCGUCAACGUGGGCGACUCGACGGAGAGCGUGAAGCGGCACAUCGCGGACGCGAUCCGCCCCGUCGCGGAGAAGUACAACCUCACGCUGCACGCCUUCACUGACGAGGAGAAGGAGACGCCGUCGAGCAUCACGCUCAAGGGCAACGACAAGAAGCUCGAGCCGGCGCCGGUGACGCCGACGGGCGUGGAGGGCACGACGCCGUACGGGGUCCUCUCGGGGACGACGCGGGCGCUGUACGGCGAGGAGCUUGUCGUCUCGCCGGGGAUCAUGACGGGGAACACGGAUACGCGGUAUUACUGGGACCUGACGCGGCAUAUUUUCCGGUUCCUGCCCGGGUAUGACCCCGAGAGCGACGAGUGGGCUGGGAUUCACACCGUGGAUGAGAAGACGAGUGUGAAGGGGCAUAUUAACCUGGUGAAGUGGUAUACCAUCUUCUUGAGGAAUGUCGAUGAGGCGGAGUUCGAGUAG